AUGGCGAAGGGUGCCCAGCGCGUGAUUCAACCUGCAACCGAUGUCACAAAAAGGGACACUUUCAGUACUGUUGUAGAUCAAAAACGGUCAAAGAAGUUGUCGUGUAUGAUCAGGAUGAAGAACCAGAAUUUCAAUAGAUAUGCUGCGAGGAGUAAUGCAUCGGGGAGUUGGACUAAAUCCAAGCCUCAAUCAGUCUUUACGACUAGUACCGUAAAAGGAGAGAAUAGGAGUACCAGUACUCAUGGUUCCAAGGAAAAGGACACCCUGAAAAGGGACACUAACAAUAACAUUGGUUACAAUCAGAAAUGUGUUGUUUGCUCAAAAGCUGGUCAUCAAAUUUGGGAAUGUCGCAUGCUGAAAGCCAAACCAUGGAAGGAGCGACACGAGAUCAUAAAAGGUGAGAAGCUAUGCUAUAACUGUCUGAAUGCAGAUAAGAAACUCGAUCACAGCCUUGUGUCAAAGUGCCCUUUGCCAAAGGAAUGCAAGGUGAAGGAUUGCAGAGCAUCGCGAAAGCAUCACCCACUUCUCCAUUUCGAUGAAAAACCUUGUGAGACUUUAGAAAACAUGUGUACACAUGCUGAGGGUGCACAGGAUCAGAAAGUAUACUUUCCAGCUUUUCCUGUAGUUGUGAAAUCGCCUGUAUCAGGAAAGGAAGUCAGGACCUGGGCCGGUAUAGACUCGUACUCUAGUGCAUGUUUCAUGGAGAAAAGCUUGCUAUUUGAUCUUGCGAUAGAACCAGCGGAUGAAAACAUUUCAUUGAACACUUUGCAUUGGACUCAGUCAGGACUCAGUACUGUCGUCGAGUUGGACAUUUCAAGUGCAGAUGGUACCGAGGAGCCGAUCAGAUUGAACGAGGUAUAUUCAUGGGAGAAAUUGCCCAUGGGUAACCGACAUAUCCCCAGCAAGGAAGUAUGGAAACGGUACAGCCAUCUAUCAGGGCUGCAGAUCUCGGCGACGCCCACUGAUAGAGUAAAGAUACUCAUUGGUAGCAACGUACCAGAAGUACACCAGCAAUUGGAGUGGAGACCAGGAGAAUCGAGAGGGGAUCCAGUGGCAGUCAGGUACAAAUGGGGCUGGACAUUGCUCGGUGGAAUCCCACAUGGCAAGUUGGAUUGCAACUUUGUAUCUCUGGAAAAGAAUCUGAGUGAGAAGCUAAUGCAGUUAGCUGAGUUCGAGUAUGCAGGGACGAAGUGUGAAUUCGAAAAGCCAAUUUCUGCUGAUGACCUCAAGGUCAGAAAGAUUCUUGAAGAUGGGACAUAUCGUUGUGAUAGACACUACUACGUUCCAAUCCCGCUCAUAGAGACUUCUGAUACAAUGCCAAACAAUAGAGAAUUAGCACGGAAACGCCUAAUGUCAUUAAAAUCGAAACUGUCCAAGGGGAAGACAGUUGCCCCUACAUCACAGAAGACGGAGUUGGAGGCAUACCAGGAGUUAUUUGCUGACUAUAGAAACAAGGGAUACAUUCGGAGAAUACCCAAGGAUGAAAUCAAGACUGAGGAUGUGGUGAAUUACGUGCCAUUCCACCACGUGUACCAUGAGGCCAAACCAGGCAAAUUGAGACUUGUCUGGGACGCAGCAGCCAAAUAUGAAAAUUCAUGCCUGAAUGAUCAUAUCUACAGUGGAGAGGAUCAGAUAAACUCGCUCCUAGCUGUCCUCCUCAGAUUCAGGAUGGGCGGAGAAAUCGCAUUCCAAGCAGACAUUAAUUGUAUGUUUAACCAGGUGUUUGUCCCUAGAGAAAAUUGGAACUUACUGCGAUUCUUGUGGUUCGUAGAUGAUGAUAUCAACGGUGAUGUCGAGGUGAUAUGUCUUGCCAACAUAUCUGCAUAA